ACUAUGUACUAAUACCACAAUACAACAAGUGCUGUUUUAUUAUAGUGUAAAAUAUUUGCAAUUUAAAAAAGCUACAAAAGAUAUCAAUGUAAAUAGUUUAUCUAUAAUAAUUUUAAUGUAAUUCAAUAGCUAUAUCACUAUCAAAACAAUGUCGUCUAGUAGAUCCAAAACAUCAAUACUGGACAAACCCCUAAGCAAAGGCAAAGGGGAGGUAUCUUUGGCCCUCUACGCCCUAUUAUUUUCAGAAAUCGUCCAGUACUCCCAGAGCCGAUCGCAUUCUAUCCAUGAGCUACAAACUAAAUUGUCAGAAAUGGGCUACGAUGUUGGAACAAGAAUCCUGGAUUUAUAUUUUGUAAGAGAAAGAAACAGCAAGAGAGAGAUCAAACUACUCAACAUGUUGCUCUUUGUCAAGUCUACUCUGUGGAAGGUUUUAUUUGGCAAAGAAGCAGACAAAUUGGAACAUGCAAAUGAUGAUGAAAGAACUUAUUACAUUAUUGAAAAAGAUGCUUUGGUGAACAAAUUCAUAAGUGUGCCCAAAGACAAAGGAUCUCUCAACUGUGCCUCAUUCAAUGCUGGCAUUAUAGAGGCUGUGCUGACAAAUGGGGGAUUUCCAGCAAAAGUGACAGCACACUGGCACAAAGGGACAACAUACAUGGUCAAGUUUGAAGACUUUGUCAUAGCGAGAGAUAAAUGUUUAGAUGAUCGAUAAAUAUUAAAACUAAUAUAUAACUAUACUUAAUAAAAAGAAAAGUACUGACUUACUGACUGCCCCAUCAAUGCCCGUCCAAACCCUUGGACCUAAAAAGCUUUAAGUUUGCACAGAGGUUCCCUUUUCAAUGUAGACAAGGGCUGGAUUUUUAGAAACUCCCACAAAAGCGGGAUACAAUACUUUUCAAUGUAGUUUCAAUAGUAAGUAUUUCUGAAUUGUCUCUGGUCUGAUAGGAGGCUUUGGCUGUGGCUAAGGAGGCUUUGGCCGUGGCUAGUUACCACGCUAACAACAAAGCAGUAUCGCAGCAAUUUAGUGUACUGGUUUGUUGCUGUGUAUUGUAGAAACCGUUAAGAGGUGAGAGCUUAAUAAAACUGCCAUACCUCUUCAUAGUUAGACUGCAUCAUCAUUUAAAGAUAAGUCUUUACUAGUAGGUACUUAAAAGUUGUUAACUAUAUUUUUGACAUGUUCAGGUUGGUUUCUUUGGAAAUUACUAUUACUAUGCAGUACGCACUAUAGCUUAUAGGUACAAGCCACAUGAAACAUGGUAACUAGUAUCAGCUUAUGCCCACUAAACUAUAACAAUUGAAAAAACUCCUUAUUUAGCUUGAUAGGCAGAGAAUCAAACGUGGAGUUUGGGAUAUUAAGUCACUCUGCUGCUUCAGCUCAAGUAUUAAGCUCUGUUUAUAGCUUUAAAAUAUAUUGAUUAUUGUAAAAAGUAAUAUACCUAAACAAUAAAAAUAAUAUUAUACUUUAAAAGAG